AAAACGCCAAUCUCGCAGAGCAGAGAGGAGGAGGAGGAGGAGGAGGAGGAGGAAGAAGAAGAAGAAGAAGAAGAAGAAGAAAGAGGAGGAGGAAAGCCGUUAGAGCAAAGAAAGAAAUGGAGCUCCGGCACAGGCACCGGCGGUAACGUUCUUCCUUAGGAGGUGGUAGCUUGAACAUUCAGGAAUCUGCAAAAACUCCCUUGCAUUUUGUCUACCAUCUCCGAGAACCUCUUGAUUUUCAUUUCCUUUUUACCUAAACACUCAGUAUUCUUCUUAUUAUUCAUCCAUGCGGCGAGGUAGAGCCACGGAUCCAUUGACGGUGCCAGAAUCAGUCCAAAAACCUGUUAAAGAAGUCCGAUUCAGAGGCGUUCGGAAGCGUCCAUGGGGACGAUACGCCGCCGAGAUUAGAGAUCCUUGGAAGAAAACUCGAGUUUGGCUAGGUACCUUCGAUACGGCGGAGGAUGCUGCCAGAGCUUACGAUGAAGCUGCUCUCUCCCUUCGAGGACCGAAGGCGAAAACGAACUUCCCUUUGCAUCCAUCUACUAUCUCUGUUCAUCAACAAAUUCCAUUCUCGCAGCAGUUUCAUGAUUCCGGUGGAUUCUGUGAGAUUAGUAACAUUAUUCCAGUUAAUAGACCUACAUCGAGUAGUCUGAGCUCCACCGUGGAGUCAUUUAGCGGUCCACGGCUUUCGAUUCCGGCUCCGUCGGUUCCAAAGCUUCGCCGGAAGUCCCUGCCGCAGGUUGCUCCCGACGAUUGCCAUAGCGACUGUGAUUCGUCGUCUUCGGUUGUUGAUGACAGUGAGGAAUAUGCUCACUCGUCGUCAAUUCGUAGAGUGUUGCCGUUCGAUCUGAAUCUACCUCCUCCACUGCCGCCGCCGCAUGACGUCGAUUUAUCCGGUGAUGAUCUUCAUGCCACUGCUCUGUAUUUUUGAUAUAUUAUCCUGCUUCUCAAUCACUAAUACCAAAAGGUUUACUCUCUCCAUUAUCUAUUGAACAUUCCUAUCGAUUGGGUAGAACUUAAACGAUAACUUUGUCUCUCAACUGCUGCUUGUUGAAUGAGAAAAAUUUGCUUCUCCAUUCCUUAAUUUCUUAGUUCUUGAUGUAGAUUAGCGUCUGGAUUUUACCAACACAAGUUCUCUAAA